AAUGCACGCGGGUCGCAGGACCCUACUCCAAUUGUUUCUCUGCUGAACCAGCCUCAACUCAACAACCAGUAUCAGGCAGGAUACAUCUAUGACCAUAGAAAUGCAAACUCAAUUCCCCCUCCACCGUGCCCGUCGAAAUAUCGUAGCCUGCGAAACAUCGGGUUAGAGGAGUGGAGACAGCGUGCCAUAAUUGAUCUUCGCGCGAAGUUCAGAACCAGAUUGUUACCAGGUACCACCUACCUCCAGAAUGCGGCAAACCUCAGAGAGAGACUGCUACAGGAGGCUAUCGAAGAGCUUCCUUGGUUGCAAGAGUACCAAGGUCACUGGGUUUGGCACAUGGCUAUGAAACGCACCCAUGAGGCCGACGCCAAGAGAAAGCGAGCCGAGAUAAAGCGGACGAACAGGACAAAGGGGUAUAAAGCAGCAGCACGGGCAAAUAGUGACGAAAGCAGUGAGGCGGAUUCAACAGAUAGCGAAGGGAGAGGGAAGCAUGUCGACGAAAACAACCCGAGCAGUGAAAACGGCGAAGGAAGGAACAAUCGUGGCGGCAGCGAGGAUGAGGAAGAGGAAAGUGAUACAAUCAGCCAGAAGGAUGUCAGCUCUAAUAGCAGCCAGGAGAAAGACUCAAGCAGCGAUGACGAAGACGAGAGCGAGGAUCGGGACAGAAGCGAGGAUCGGGACAGAAGCGAGGAUCGGGACAGAAGCGAGGAUCGGGGCGGAAGCAAAGAUGAGAAUGGCAGCUCCAACGUGGACGGUGGCCGCGACGAUAAUGGGGAGACCAGUAGCGAGAGAGAGCAUAGGUGAGGGUGACCGCGCCGGCAAUAUCGAGUAUAACGGUGGGCCAGAGAUCGAGAGCAUGACUCACUAUGGUGUGCCAAUUGUAUUUGCUGACUCUGAAGAUGAGAAUGCGGCAGGGUAGACAGCUGAGGUGCACAUCGAAGAGUCAGACGCGAGCAACCGCGUUGGCGACAAGGAGGAAGAGGCAAAGCAUGGGAACCGGCAAGACGACAAUAUCGACGGUGCUCGAGAAAGCGAAGGGAAUCAUCUCCAGCUUGACAGGGAUCUUGCUGAACACGCGUCUCAGCCGAUGGAGGAGGCGGGUCAGAUUGGCAGGGGGGCUGCCAACAAAGACGCCUCAUCCCUGAUAUCUGUGGGCGGCGCGAAAGAAGAUGGCGGAACGAGGUGUGGUGAGGAGGGCGAGGGGAAGGAGAGCGGUAAAGAGGAGAGCGGUAAAAGGAGCCGUGGUAACAAGAGGGGUGGCAAGAGUGGUGGUGGUAGGAGGCGAGGCGGCAAGGCGGGUAAUAAGAGAGAAGGCGGCAAGGUAAUCGGCGACGAAGGCAGCGAGAGGGGUGACAAGAGCUCUACUUCUGCGCAGGGUGAUGCCCCCUUUGCUGCCGAAGAUGCACGUGACAGGAUAGAGAUGUCUACGAAGUACGGCGAGCCGCGUACGGGGACAAAACGUGUUCUCGAAUGAGCACGCUGGCGAUAACGAUCACCGACCAGCGACUCGCUCCCGAGGGGCACUGAAUGGAAGCCUGAAGCAGCCAGCUGAGACCUUGCUCCGGAAGAAUCUGCAGCAUGAUAUGGCUAUUCUGGCUCCUAAUAAAAGUAAAAGAAAGGCAGACGGCGACAUUCCUGAAUCGUUCGAGACACGCCGCCUUCGAUCUGAGGACCCUUCUACGCCAGUGGUCGUGGCGUUGUCCAAGGACACGUCAGCCACAGAUGACACUUCGACCUCCCGGUCGACAGACAUGAGCCACACGCACUUGAGGAAGUCCAAGGCUGCCGGCUUCGACCCAUCCUAUGCCACACAAGUUCGAGCCGCGUCAAGUUCCCAAAAGCAAACGAAGCACUCUGGUACAAAGACAGGGGCGACAUCGACAUCGACAUCGGUGGGUAGCCUGCCGGUGCGCAAAUCUGUUAACGUCGUGGCGCAGCGCGAGACCACUACGAAUGAUAUGGAGAUCGACGUGACCGAGCCGAUUGCUAGGGAUUCCGCAACGAGGACAUUCACCGUUGUCAAGCCUGCUGCUUCUCCAGUUCGCUCUGCUGCUGCUUCCAGCUCGAAUACGGAUAGUACGCCUGGUGCCGUCACAACACCAGCGAGAGAGACGACAAACUCUGCCGAAUCUUCCCAGACACCGCGGUCAUAUUCCAUGCGGGCGACUACCAGUGCACAGUCUGGUGUGCCACAUGUCCGUUUUGCGGACCACGACGCUGCUAGUGGCAAUUCCGACCCCUCCACCGCCUCUGUCCCACCGCCAGUCCGGGGCGUGCUUGCCCCGGAGGAACCUCCCGCAGGUGCCAACGAUGGCUGCGUCGCACCUGACACAGCGCUUGGCAACACUCAUGAACUGCAGGAGUUCCUCAGCGAGGCGGGAUUUGGCUACCUCUUUGGCUUCUUCGUGGACGCUGGCGUGAAUACUCUUCAGAAGCUGGAAAUGCUUGCUGCUCUCCCAGCGCAAGCUUGGGAGCAAUAUUUCGUUCACAAUGGCCGAACUCUCACCGCUUUCGAAAGAGCCAUAAUCCUGCAUCGAUUGAUGAAACGUCAGGAACGUCAGGUUUGAAGCCGUUGCGGCCUUCUUCGCCUCUGCCUCUGUCCGCACAAUUUCGCCCUCUUAUCAUAUAUGCUUUUUGUGUCAUUCUUACUGUAGAUAUGUUUGCAUUCCUCACGUUUAACCGUGUACAGUGAGCAUAAGAUACAC